AUUUUGUUUCUAUGUUUUUUUUUUUACUUUUGUAGAAUCUCCUGGAUUGCUAUUAAUAAAGUUAGACGAAAGGCGUCGGAUGACGUUCGAGGGGUAUAAAGGCAAGGAAUCCGAGAGAAACAAGAAACUGGUGUAUAAUGUGGUUCGACAAGGAGACUGCUACAUUAAUACCGGGGACGCAUUUACUCGUGAUAAAGACUACUUUGUCUAUUUUUCUGACAGAUUAGGCGACACAUUCAGAUGGAAAGGAGAAAAUGUAUCAACAACAGAAGUUGCUAACAUUCUAAUGGAACUUGAGUUGGUCUCGGACAUUUGUGUUUAUGGUGUAGAAAUCGGAGAUAAUGAAGGUAAAGCUGGGAUGGCAGCCUUAACAUUGAAAACUCGACCAGAAAAUCUCAGUUUAAAUGUAGAACAAUUAAAAUCGAUUGCUCAACACUGUGCCCUGCAAUUGCCUGCAUACGCUAGACCAAGGUUUAUACGAGUUGUAAAGGAGUUUGUAUACACCAGUACCUUCAAACAGAGCAAACUAAAGUUGAAGGAGGACGGAUACGAUUUGAGGAAAAUUACCUCUCCUGUAUAUUUCCUUGAUUGCAAGGAGAAUGUUUACAAACAGAUGACGCCAGAGAUACAAAUGGAAAUUGACUCUGGGAAAAUUAAAAUGUAGAAUUGAAAAAAAAAAUGUAUCUGAAUAUGAUUAUUGAAGCAGAUGAAUAUUUGUGGAAUAAGUUUUCUAUUUUUCCAUAUUCAUUUUUUGAAUUUAAGAAAUUUUUCUAUUUUCUCAUAUCGUAGGAGACCUUUUUUUUUAUAUACUCGUACGUUAAAAUUUUCCUCGCAGAAGUGACCAAAUGUUCAGAGGUUUUCUAUGUUUUUUUUCUGUAGAAUUGAAUAAAAGUCUUCAUUUAUAUGACUUUAAGAAAGAUCUUAUUUAUUAUGCA